AUGGGAGAGCCUCCAAGCCCCUAUAUGCAACCACCACACUCACCGGCACCAAAAUCCGACUAUACCGUGUUGUAUUAUGGCGUUUUCAUCGCCGGGACAGCUGCUAUUGUUCUUGUAUUGUACAACCUCAUCAUCAUAAAAUGGUGCACAGAUAACUCCCACAGCAGGCGAAGACAAAGAAUAGUUAGUGGCCGCGGAACUACCUCAACCCCAAGUUUUGGUGACCCUAGGAUAAACUCGAUGACAAGCUUCAAGUACAAGAAACAUGGACUAGCACAAGAUAAAGAUCAAGGUAAUGAAUAUGAAUGUGUAGUUUGCUUAUCAGUGUUUGAAGAAGGUGAAGAAGUAAGAAAGCUGCUGAGAUGCAAGCAUUCUUUUCAUGCUCCUUGUAUAGACAUGUGGCUCUACUCUCACUCUGACUGUCCACUUUGUCGUUCCCCGGUUGAGCUACCAGUAUCUCAUCGGAAUAUUACCAUCUCUCCGUCGGAGAAUUCUCAUGAAGGAUUGCUACAUGCCGGCAGAGUAUAG